GAAUUUUUAGGGAUUCAAUUGUCAAAGAGCAGUUGGUUAUUGAUUUGGCAUGUUAGAAUUGAGCUGGAUACUGAAUCUCAAUGUCUCAUUGGGGUUUGCUGACAUGAGCUAAUCAUCAAUUCUCUUCCACUAAAAUUCAUUUUCCCUUUUGUUUUUUUUUUCUAACACCGUAUUCGGGCAUCAGAUGUGGCAAAAAAGUUAAUGAUUCUCUCCUUUUCUGUCUGUCUUAUUCACAACAAAUCCUCCUACUCUCUCUCUCUGUUAUCUACACAAAACAAGACUUGUCCCUGGAGCAGUCUCAUAUGCACUAUCUCUAAAACUGAGCAGCUUCAUCCACCACCAGUACUAGCAGUGAACUGUAAUCUGUCAUCAAAACCACUCUUAUUAGCUAAUAAUCUUGGCCUUUCUUCUGCAGCAGUUACUAGACAAUGGGUUUCUCGUUUUAUUCUGUACUUUCCAUGCAGAACCCAUAAAAGUUUCUGCAUUUUCUGAUGAUUUCUGGCCUCUGCAUUUUUGACACUCCAGUUUGGGGUCUGCUCUGAAAUGGGUUUCCUCAAAGUUUCAUGGGUUGUUUUGCUUUCUUGGGCCUUCUCUGUUUUGUGUUCCAGAGGCCAUGGUGCUACUCCAGAGUUCUCCGUGAAGUUCUUAAAGGCUCCUCAUGCAUUCUCUCACCUCAACUAUGCCAAGUUUGUCUUUGAGGUUUUGGAAGGUGGAAGUGGGGUUUGCUCGAACUGUACAGUCAGUUGUAAGCUGGAUUAUGGCUCUUCUUCAGAUUGUGGAGCUGGGAAUGUUUUGUACUCUGGCUUGGAGGAUGGAAAUCACACAUUUGCGGUCUGUGCAAAUGGGUCCCAAGGAGCAGGCUGCUCUACCUACAAUUGGACUGUUGACACUGUACCUCCCACAGCAUUUGUAACGGCAUGGAGGCCUUUUACAAACGCUCUGAAUGUUUCUGUAAACAUUUCUUUCAGUGAACCUUGUGCUGGUGGAGGAGGUUUCCAAUGUCCAUCAGUGAAUGCCUGUAACCUACUGGUCUAUGGUGCUGGCCAAGUCAUCCCCUCUUCACUUUUGGUUCUGGAGCCAAACCUCAAAUAUUCUCUUCUUGUGGGUAUAUCAUCUGACAUUCUGUAUGGACGAAUCAUAUUGGUAAUGGAUAAAAAUUUUUGCACCGACACAGCAGGGAACAUAUUUACAAGAUCAGCAAAUUCUAGCUUCUACGUUCAUUUUGAUAGAAGAAGUGUGUUUGUUGACCUGAGAACUCAUGUUCCUGAAAAGCUGCUUCAACUAAAUGGGGCAAAAAGAAUGGUUCAGGCAACUAAUAGUUACAAUAAUUUAGAGGUGUAUUUAUACUUCUCAGCACCUGUUCUCAAUUCAUCAACUGAAAUUCUGAAUUCUCUGAAAACAAGUCAGGGCAAACUUUUUCCAAUUAGUGGAAAAAACGCUGGUAAUCGCAGAUUUGGCUUCCUGGUUGCCAAUGUAUCUAGCAUUGCUAUAAUCACAAUAAGCCUUGAUUUGAAUUCUACAAUAAGCAGGCAAGGGACACCGGUUUCUCCGUUUGAACCAGUAACUUUUCUUUAUGAUUCUCAGAGGCCAGCUGUCAGAUUAAGCACCACAUCCGGUAUGAGGACAAAAGAGAAGAGUAUUCUUACUAACAUAAAGUUCAAGAAGCCUAUUUUCGGGUUCAAUUCGUCACUUUUAUCCAUCUCAGGGGGACAUCUGCAAAGCUUUCAUGAAAUUACCAAGAGCAUGUACAUUGCGGAGAUAGGAACAGAUGGUGAUGUUGUUUCUGUCAGUGUCCGUGAAAAUGUAACUGCAGAUGUUGCUGGAAAUCAAAAUUUGGCAUCUAAUAUUCUCCAAGUGAAACAUUAUAAUACACCUAUAAUAUCUUCAGUGAUAUCUACCUUUGCAACUGCAACUUUUUUGCUGACAUCUGCUGCUUCUGGGCUGCUAACACUGUCUACUGCAAGCCUUCAAUCUGUGGGGGCAUUUUCAAGAGUACCUUCUUCUUUGGUGUCCGAUCCUGCAAGGAAUCUUAUUAGAAGUGCAUGCCACAUCCAAGUUUUUGCAAUGUCUAGGUGGUUGGCAGUCACACUUCCAGUGGAAUAUUAUGAACUUGCAAGGGGUUUAGAAUGGAGUAUUCCUUACUUCAUUCUCCCAUGGGAGAGUGGGUAUGUUCAGUCAGUUAUGGUUGGAUCAAGCUCCCCAGGCAGCUCACAGUCUUUCAUUUCGAGAACUUAUAAUAGAGGAAUUUCCAAAGGUAUACAGCCAAAAGAAGAGAAUAUGAAAGCCGCUGCUCCAGCAUAUGGUUUACCACUUACCCCAAUGGAGUAUGGAUCAUUUUUUGAGAGUCAAAGCAUGAUACCGGAAGCCGAAUAUAUUUUAGAUGAACAGCACCUGAAUGGGUGGAAGGAUUUUGAUAGAAUCAUGUUCUGGUUAGCUGUGAUUGGUGGCAGUUUACUAUUGCUGCAUGCAUUACUCUUGAUCAUUCUAAAAUUGAAGAAGCCAUAUUCUGAAAACUACAGUCAUGGAGCACUUAUCUUCCCAAGAUUUGAGAUAUUUCUUGUAAUCCUUGCGCUACCUGGUAUCUGUGAGGCUUCUGCUGCGCUUGUUCGAGGAGGAGCACGGGUGGGGGUUAUAAUUGGCAUUCUGUUGCUUACUAUUGUGGCUUUCCUGCUGCUGUCUUUGCUGUUGUUUCUCUCAGUUGGAAUUACACUAGGAAAGCUGCUUCAGUACAAGGAAGUUCAUCAAGAAGGCCAGAGAUUUCACUGGUAUCAAGAUAUUGUCCGAGCUACUCUUGGUCCUGGGAAAAAAGGGCAAUGGUCAUGGAAAAACAAAGAAAAUUCUGUCUUUCUAAUCCUGUUAGGCCCUCUUUUUGAAGAUUUAAGAGGUCCUCCAAAAUACAUGCUCUCACAGAUCUUGGGGAGCAAUCCCCAAAAGCAGGAUGAUAGAAUCAUUGCCUCUGAUGAUGAAACAGAAGAUGCUGAAGCGCCUUUCAUUCAGAAGUUGUUUGGAAUACUAAGAAUAUACUACACAUUCCUAGAAUCCGUAAAACGAGUUAUUCUGGGGAUCUUGGCCGGUUCCUACUUGAAUAAGUGGUCCUCUAAAACUCCAACAAUUAUUUUAUUAUGCAUUACUUCUUUUCAGCUCUUUUUCAUUAUUCUUAAGAAGCCUUUUAUCAAGAAAAAAGUGCAGCUAGUAGAAAUCAUCUCUGUUUCAUGUGAAGUGGGCAUGUUUGCAACUUGUUUGGUUCUCUUGGAAAAGGAAUUUUCUGCAAAGGAUGAGACUAUGGUUGGAAUCAUCAUGGUUAUGCUGUUUUUAUUAGGAUUCUUGGCACAAAUGAUCAAUGAACUAUACGCUUUGUAUGGACAUACAAAGCUACUAGACACGGCUGAGAAUUCAUUCUUGAAAGGGUUGAAAAUAGCCUCAAUGGGGUUCCUCUUAUAUUUCGUCCCCCAGAAACUGAUGAAAGGCUUUGAAAGCAAAUUCCCGGUAAGCCAAAGUGGAGGCAUAGAAACUACAGAUAGAGGUGUUCCUACGGACAGAUACAGAAGCCCUGGUAGUAGGAGCUCAGGCAGUACAGAUAAGCCAUGGCUGAGACAACUAAGGGAACUUGCAAAGGCUAGCUUCAGCAAAGAUGGAAGUAGGGCUCCCAAUGAUCCUUCAACCAGUGGGACAAAGUGGAGCGGGUUCUGGGCCACAAAGAGGAGUGAUAGCUCCUCUGGAAAUUCAUCCUCAGAUUAUAAGUCAAAACCAGGAGGUUUGUACAAAGACUUAGAAGCCAUUUUUGCAUCAAGGUGAUGCCACACCAUCAACGAAGAUUAAGAAUUGAUAUCUUGAGUUUUUAGUUCAGGGCUUUUGUGUAACUAUGAACAGAUAUUGACUAUUGAGAUAGAAAUCUCUUGAAAACAAUAUUUUGUUGGUAAUUCUAAUGAUUUGAUCCAUUUUCUGUUUGUAGAAAUAUAAUUCUUUUCCUCCU